GUUCAUUUCCUGUUCAAGUUCGUUCUCGCUUAUUUACAAAAAUUUAAGUGUCUAAUUUUACUUGUAGCUGAUGAAAAAGUAAAUAGAAAUCUUUUCUUUCGAUUUCUCAGAACAUUGCCCUAUGAAUUUGAUGACAAUGGCAUGACAGCAACCCAAACCAUGUAAACAAACCGAGGAAAACACACGUUGCUAUAAACGCCAUUUCUAAAAUUCUGCUCAUGUAUUAAUAGCAGAGAACACAAUGGCAGCUGCUGUUGAAAAUGAUAUAGAGGAAUUCAUUCGAAAUCAGAAGGCUAAACUGCAACAAGAAAGACAAUACAUAUCGGAGGAGGAGAGAGAUGAUGACAGGUUGGGACGUAGACAGUGGGACAGACCAUCAGAAGUAAAUUAUGCUAAUGAGAGAGAAAAACCUGAAGGACUACCACUGACAAAUGACAAAUCAAAAUCUAAACAGCAGCAGUUGAGAGAGGAAAGACAAAAAGAAUACAAUGAUUUUUUAAAACAGAAACAGAGUAAAACCAGUUAUAAAACACCCAGAAGUAAUAAUAUUCAAAAGCGUUCACCAUAUAAUGGACAAAAGAGAGAAAAUCCAAAACAGAACACCACUGUUCUCCCUGAUCAGAAUGAGGCUGAUGAUAACAAUAACAUACCUCAGCAUCAGAAAGGAGGACUUCGUUCAAGUCCUAGGAAACCAGACAUGGAUUACAAUGAGACGGAACGCCAAUUUCAAGAGCAGAGAAGACGUGAAUAUAAUGAAUUCCUCAGUAGACCAAAAUUCAAGAAAGCCCCAACGCCACCUCAGUCAGGAAUGAAGUUUGGAGAGUAUGAAGACUUCAGAAAGAGGGUAGCACAGCAACGUAAAGAAGAGUACCGGGAGGAGUUAGAAAAGCAAACUUUAGAACAGGCAAUAACAAAGGCUAGAGGAAAACUGGAUAUAAGUAUACCGAGGAAUCAUCAGAAUCCACAGGCUGUUUCUCAGGAAGACGUCAAUCGGUUAUCUCAAGAGAAACAAAGACGAAAUAUCCGAGAUAAAAUGGUGGAGGAUAAGCGAAUCAAGGAAUUUGAAAGAAUGCUACACAUGCACCAUGAAGACAAACUUACAGAUUAUAUGGAGGAAGAAAGAAAUCGGAUUUUAGAAGAUUAUCCAUUAAGAGAACAAGACAUACAAGCCAUGUUCCAAAGGCAAAGAGAGGAGAGGGAAAAACAAAAACAGAACGAAGAAAGAGAGAGAGAAAUACAGAGAAAGCAAUUCGAAUUUCAGAGGAAAUUAGAUGAUAAUUACGUACGAGAUAGUGGUGACUAUGGUUACCAGGGAAGAAAUGCAGCUAGAUCUGAACCCCCAGUUCGUCGAAAUGACCAGUAUGAUGCCCCGCGGCAGCAGUCUGAAUAUGUCCCUCCCAGGCGGGGGGACUACUCCCCACCAAGACAGGACUACUCCCCAAGACGAGACGAGAAUGAGGGAUUCACAGAUAGGUUGCACCAAAGAUAUGAGGAUGAGAGGCGACAGGAAUACCAGAAUUAUGUACAGAAGUCUGAAUCUGACCUUCCCUUCAGUCAUAGACUAGGUGGAUAUGAAACGCAGAGAGAAAAGCUGAAAAUUCAGAGAAUACGGGAAACCCAGCAAUACAUGGAGGAGAGAAAUGCACAAGCCACAAAUCGUAGCUGGAAUGAACCAGAUGACACUGAGAGUGGUCUCCCUUUAACAAAUGACUUUAAACAUAAACAGCAGAUGGAAUUGGAAAGAAAUCAAGAAUAUAAUGAGUUUAUGAAAAAGAAAUAUAAUAAAAACAAAGCCCCUGCGAUGAAGCAGACAGGCAAUAAUCCAUCUGUUGGACAAUAUGAAGACAAAAAGAAAAGAUUGCAACAGGAACGACAGAGAGAGUACCGAGAAAUGAUGGAUAAGAAGGAGCAAGAUAGGGGUAAGGGGCGUCGAGGAGAGCAGCCCAGAAAUAGAUCUCCAGAUAAUUUUUUGUCAGGCCUCGGAAAACACCAGGAGGAGAGAGAGAAACUCAAUGAUGAACGGAAAAAGGAAUACAAUCACAUGCUGGCUGAGCACUCUGAGGCUCUGGCUGGUGUAGUUAGAAGUCUAACUUCACUGGCCGAGAAAGACAAUCCAUUGGAUGCUCUGGAAGAGGAUUUACCACGUCGAGACAGACCCAGAGACCCGCCCCCAGAGCCGGAAGAGCCACCUCCAAGAUCAGAAUCAUACGAGGCCAGUUUACACGGAUUACGAUCACAUGAAUCAGCAGAGGUUCGGAGGAAGCAGACAAGGAACGAGGAAUAUAAUGAGUUUCUCAAACAAAAGAGAGAACAGGAAAAGCACAGAUUCGAUAACAAAAAAUAUGGAGAGAAUCCAAGGCGUGUAAGAGACAGGCCUGCAUCAGAACCCCAGCUCAAAGAUGGAAUUUAUGCCACUCUUCCAGGAUUGCAUUAUAAUGGCUCUGCAGAGAGGAGAAAAGUUGAAACUAGGAAUAAAGAGUACAACGAGUUUUUACGUAACAGUCAGGAAAAUCUGUCUAGGAGAGGAGGAGGAGGAGGAAACAAACCCCCGGCCGGUGCCCGGAGAGGCUGGCAAUCUCCUGGUUAUGAAGAAAAUCGUAAACGCAGGGAAGAGGCCCAGUACAGACGAGACGAACCUCAGGCAGAGAGAAGGAUUAGGGCAUAUGCCAGUGAUGGAGCCAUCAAUAGAGCGGGCAAUGACAGACGCUCUAAUGGGGAUGAGCGAGACUAUGGCAGGAGAGGGAGGCAUAGAUCUGACCGUAAUCGUGAUAAAGGUAUUCUGGACGAUGACAAUUGGCUGACCAAUCGAGGGGAACCAGAGGAUGAAUAUCAGGACCUGAUUAAGCGAUUAAGGGGUGAGACUGAGGAGUCUGACCCCCCUCGACAGCGUGGUGGGCCUCCACCCAACAGAUCUCCACCCGUAGACCGAGAAGAAAUGGCCAAGGCUAAUUAUUUUGCGACUCUCCCAGUGGGUGCAAAUGACAGAGAUAGUGCUAAUGCUCGCAAGAAAGCACGCUACAGGGAAGAGUUGCAGCUACAGAUGAGAGAAGCAGAGGCUGCUCGCAGAAGGGAGAAAGAGAGGGAAAAGGUAGAGGAACUUCGGGUAAAUGCAUCAGGCCUGCUGGAUCCAGAGAAAACAUCCAGGCGACUAAGAUAUUUGGGUGAUCCUAGCCCCACACCAAGGCGGAAUGUAAGAAGUCCAGAGGUUAAACCCUAUCAUACAAGAUUUGACCUUAGCCCAAGAGGUGGUCAAGGAAAUGUCCCAGAGAGCAGUGGUGGCUAUACACCACGAGAACGUGGCCGUCCACGGGAAAGACGACAACGAGACACGAGUGGAAUCCUGGAUAUCGGAUUUGAUGGAUUUUUGGAACAGCCUCGGAGAGGGGGAGCAUCACAGAUUCCCCCUGGACUACAAUAUCAGCCAUCUCUUUUAGAUUUUACCAGUUUAGACAGAUUUGCAGACCCCAGCAUUGAACCCACCAGGACAUACGUGACCGGGGGCGGGACUGGAGGCGUGAAUCAGCCCUACAGCUCCAUAGAUGAAGCAUACCAUUAUUACGGCAUGAAAAACCCACUGGAACCAGAAAACAACAGGAAGAGAAACCCCUACGGUGCUCCACCACUGGACUUAGGAGGAGGAUAUGACCGGCCUUACCAGGGCAGGGGUACCCCAAGAGUCACAUUCGAUGAAUCUUCUCACAAAAACUCAAUUCUCAAAGAUGACAAAAGGCAAAAAUUUGAGAAAAAGGAUGAGAAAAUACAAACAGUUGACAAAAAAGAUGAGACUGUUCAAACGAUUGAGAUAACUGUACCUCCACCACCAACUACAGCUAGAGCGCGCGAUAGAAGUAAAGAGAGAAUUUCUCCUUAUCAGUUUCCCAGUGACGAAGAUUUCCGCAGUCGCUCACAGAAUGAUAAACGCUCAUAUCAGGAAGAACUGGAUAGACAGAUUGAAGAGAAACGUCGAAAGAAACAACUAGAGAAAGAAGAACAGCUAAGGUAUGAGAGGAAAUUAGAUGAUGAAAUUAGAAACUACAAUCCAUUUGGGAAAGGUGGAGGUGGUGCCCCAUUACGAGAUACUAAGGGAAAUGUAGUUGCUGAUUUACGAGGGAUGCAUAAUACCAAUCAAGAUCCAGACACAGCUCGUUCUCAAGUGACUCGUGAGUCUCCAAGAUUUCAAGCACCAACAUCCCCCAGGGAUGACCUGAUAGGUCAGCCACCUCCACAGAUUGAUGCUGCAGGGGAUGUAACCCAUGCAAGAGGGGGACAUGGAAUCUUUGGUCAGCCCAAGACUGAACAAGAAAAGACUACCUCAGACAAGUACAAGGAUGAUCUUAGAAGACAGAUUGAAGAAAAAAAGAGGAGAGAACAAAUAGAAAAGGAGAAAGAGAGAAUGGAGGAAGAAAAAGAGAACCGAAGACUAGAAGAACAGAGACUGCGAAUACAAUCGGAAUUUGAGGAGGAGCAACGGAAGAAGAGGGAAAAAGAGGAUGAGGCUCGAAAAAGAAAUGAAGAGAUGCAACAGCAAGCAGAAGCCAGAAAGAAGGAAGCCAAGCGAAAGAAACAGGAGGAGGAUGAUCAACGCAUGCAGGAAAAACGGGAACAGGAAAAUCGAGAAAGGCAGGAAAGACAGGAACAGAGGGGAUCAUCUCCCCCUGUCCCAGCCCUGAGGACCGGCGAUCAGAAACCUGAUUACUCGGAUGAUAAAAAGAGCGAUAAACAGAGUCCACCACCACCUCAAACACCACAGCCAGGGACAUCAGAGGAUACGCGUAAAUCCCCACCCAUCCCAGCACUGCGGAGAGAUACUCCCCCUAGUGAGUCAUCCAAACCUCCACCACAGCCUCUCUCCAGAGCCAACAGUUCAGAUGUACUUAAGGAGCUGGCCUCCAUGAGGAAACAACUACAGAGUGAGAGGAAAAGGGUGGAAAAUGCAUUGGAGACACAAAGGAAUGAACCCGAUGUUUUUGAUCCCAGAGUGGUUCAAAGACCACCUCCGAAGGAGAUAGAUGUGUUUGAGAGGGCCAGACAGGGUGAACCAGCACCUGUCCGUGCAGACGCCAAUCCAAGAAAUUUACAGGAAUUCAAUGAGCUCAAAUACAAAAAUGAUACAGAAUCCAGAAAGGCCUUCCGCAGCAUGUUUCCUGACGCCCCCACUUCUAAUGAGACCCUGGAAGCUCAGCAAGAUGCCUUACUCAGGCAUCAGGAGGACACACUCAAAUCUAUGAAAGAACAAAGAUUCACUCCAACCAAUUACAACGCGUGGAAAGGAAGGCGUUCAGACAGAAGUCUUGGUGCACCACCCAUGACAACACGCCAGGGCACCGUCAGCCCACGUUCUAUGCUGAACUCAAACAGUGCAUUCAUAGAUGUGGAUGGACUAAAUCAUUUCCCAGAUGACUUUGAAGAUCUUCCUAAGAGAAAUGAAUCUGCACGCUACAGAAGGCGAGAGAGGGUUGCACUGAGUCCACGAGUGGAUAGUGUAGGCUAUAAUCCACCUGAGAGUCAGCCUUUGAAUCCUUUCGGUUCAACAACAAGUUUGGAUGUUGACCGAAUUCAACGCAAGAAUGAUGCCAGACUGAGGCGGCUGCACAAUUUGAAUGCUGAUGAGGUUUCUUUGGCAGACCCUGAUGACAUUCUGGACAGAUUUAUGGCAAAACAGAGAUACAACAGACCCCCAUCAGGCCAAACUCUACAAGAUGACACCUGGUUACGUCCAGCCAGCAAGGCUAUUUAAGGAGAGUCCAUCCUCUCCCCAUAGCAACACACCUCAUAUGAAAUGCCAUCCAUAACCCAUCUACCAAUCAAAACUUUCCAUCAAAUGGUAUUUUGUCCUCAAGAUCUGAAUCUUCAUUUGCGAUUUUUUGGAAAGAAAAAUGUCUUGAUAUUGGUUAUUCAGACAGUUGUACUGGACGUUUGUUGUUGGUUUUUAGUGCUCCAAAAACGUAGUAUAGUACAUUCAUAAAUGUUAUGACUUCAUUUUUUUGUCAGAGCUGCAUGAAAAUGUUUAUUCUGUACUCAUAUAGUAGUAGAGCUGCUUUUGUCCAAUGGCAGCCAUAUUUAUUUUUUAAAAGCAAAACUGUGAUAUAUACCAGCCUCUUGUUUAUCAAUUCCUAUUUUGCCGAGUCACACCAUUUAGGUUAUCCAGUGAAAGUUCUAGUCUUUUAUCAGAUCUAAAGCCUGCUUAGUAUUGUGAUACAGAUAUUGUCACUCUGAAUAUACACAUUAAAUCUGUUUGAAAAUAUCCUUCAAAGACUUCAUACAAUUUGAUUGACCUGUGAAUAUGACUGAAUUGCAUUUUGAAAUUGAAUAUUCGGGUUUCGAUUUUUCUUGAGUAUUCAGUAAAUGUAUUCAUUAAGAUGCAAGUCAUGUAGAAUUUGUCGAUCAUAUAAACACAAUUUCCUUAUGAGUGGAUACUACUUUGUGGGCUGUGUGACUGGCCUUGUUUUACGUGUCACUAAUAAAGUUGUUACAGAUUGUUGUUGAAAUUUAACUCCAUGCUGCUUUAGCAUGGCAAGUAUGUAUAUGAUACAGAAUGUGAAAGAAAAAAGUUCAUUUGUAAUAUGCACAAUGCAACAGAAAUAAAUCAUAGACCUGUUAA